AUGAGCACUGUGGUUACAAAGCAGGAACCGUGGUUGCAGCAGGACUGUCCAGCGGAGGAGAAGUUUAAUCCAAAUAGUAUAACUUUAUGCAAGCGUAUAGUUGUUGGAACCUAUUCAUUCCCCCUGGGUGUAAAUGAAAGGAGGAAAUACGGAACUAUGACUCACAAAUGGGUUUGCUUAUUGCGAUCACCAGACAAUGAGAAUAUGUCCCAUUACAUACGCAAGGUACAAUUUGACCUGGAUCCUAGUUUUCUAAAUCCUCGUAGAGUAUUAACAAGCAUGCCUUAUGAAGUGAAUGAAGUGGGCUGGGGAGAAUUUUUUAUUACAGUGUCGAUUUAUUUUGCAGAUGAGACAUUGGAUCCUGUGAAAAUUGUACAUUUGUUGAAACUAAAUCCUCCAGAUGCGAUGCCAGAUAGGCCAAUGUGCGCGGCUAAUGAGACACACGAUGAAAUUGUAUUUGUAGAUCCUUCGGAUCAAUUAUUCCAGAAACUGCAGACAAGCACAUACGACAUAACUGAACCCAGCAUAUAUCAGCCCUAUUUCUGGGACUAUGAAAAGAAGGCCAGAGACGAAAUGUGUAGGUACAUUUAUUGCCAAUCUUAUCUACAAGCAGAGACAAUGGGAUUGAUGGCCGAAGCUAAUAAUCUCUCAUCGCAAAUACAGGCCUUACAGGACCGUGUCAGUUCUAUUUACCACCCAAAGCAGGAAAAUACAGUGCAGCUAAAAAAUGAACAAUUGCCAUCUUUGACAGUACCACAACACACAAAUUCAUUGGGAGAUCCCCUAACAAAUUUGCAAAAUGUAUCCAAUUUGCCAGGGACGCUAAAUACAACGCUUACCAAUCCAACCAACACUAAUCAGCAGCCACAAAAUCCCAUGGGCAUUGAUAAGCAGUAA